AUGGCUGUCCCCAAAGCGAAGGGCUAUCGGCCAAGAUGCUUCUUUGAUGUUCAAAUAAAUGGAUCUCCAGGUACGAAACGUUAAAUUCCUUGGAUUAAAUGUUUGCAUUGGUUGCUGUUUUUCAAAAUUUAAUUUAUGAAGUCACUUGGGAAGAGAAGCGGCUGAAAUUCAGACUAUAACUCUUAAUAAUAUGGAAAUAAUUAUAAGCUUAUUCAAGCUUAUAUUAAGUUUAAUAUAGCAGAAGUUUGAUUCUUUGGUUUUAAUUAAUUUCUAUAAUUUUAAACUUAAAUCAAUAUGGCUGUGCAGUAUUGGUUAUGAGUGCUUACUUCUCUUGAUUAAUGAUGUGAGCCUAAUGUGUUAACACUGGGAUAAUCUAAUCUUUUUUAUGGAUUAUUUUGGCUAAUUAAUUGAAAUCAAUAAGGUUUCCAAUGAGCAACCUCAGUCUGCUUGUAACAUAGAAAGAGGAGUAGGUGGGUAGAAAGGAAGACUGGUUUGAAAGAACUUCAAAUCUAAAACUCUUAAAUUUUGCUUGAUUCAAGAAUCAAUUUUGCAUUCUUUGUAGCUGGCAGGAUUAUUUUUGAACUGUUUGCUGACAUCUGUCCUAAGACAUCUGACAACUUCAGAGCAUUGUGCACAGGUAAGGAAGAACAUAUUAAUGUAGAUACAUGUACUACCACUGCCACUACCAACUAUUAUAUUAAUAUUAAUAAUAAUAGUAAAAAUGAUCAUGAUAAUAAUAAGAAUAUCUUUUUUCAUAUUACAUGUAAACAUUAGUGUUUUAGAGUUGAGAUCAGUUGAUGCGUGGUUGGCCAUAUACUCACUUGUAAGUGGGAUGGAGUCAUAAUAUUAAAUUCAUGGUGACUUCCUUUUUUUGUCUAUUUUACUAGUGCAUACAUACAUACACACAUACAUACAUUUUAUUUGUUACACACGUAUAUCCAUUUUAUUUGCAUUUUAAGAUUGAAGCACUAUUGUAACAUACCCCGCCUUGGGUAGCUAUGCUAAUCUACAGGGGUCCUGUUUUCAGGAAACAAAUACAACUAAAAGUGAUAACAGUGUUACAGAUAGGAGAUGGGUCUUGGGUCAAUGACCCGACAAAUAAGGCUUCCUGACUGACAGAUGAAGUAUAAGUAUUACACUGUAAGUUAAAUAUAAUGAAAAAAUUUAGCAGGUGGUCUUGGUGACCCCUCAGAUGGUCUACAUGACCUCCCUCUUGAAAUAAUUAACUGGAACGCUGAAUAAGAGGCCUGAAAAAAAUGCCAGAAUUGACAUAAUGAUGAGAGUACUAAUAAACUACAGCAAUAAUGCAUAGUUUCAUGAAAUUGCUGAACUCUUAAGGAAAUUAAUGGCUAUUUUUUUUAAGUGAUAAACGUGACAUUUCAUGGAAACUUUAGACAAGAUUUUUGGGAUUAACUUUGAACCUGUUUUUUAGGAGAAAAAGGUUUAAGCAGGACUUCUGGGAAGGCUCUUCACUAUAAAGGAUCAGGGUUCCAUCGAGUUAUCAAGGAUUUUAUGAUUCAAGGAGGAGACUUUACUAAAGGUAUAAGAUAUUUUUAUUUUUAUAUCAAGAUGGUAAAUGAAAAGGCGCACUUAAGCUAAAGGCUCAGAUGGCCGGAGCUUUUCCUGGUUUCCUCAGCAUGAAGCAUGCCUAGGAGUAUUGCUACCCCCCUCCCCCUCACCUUGGACAUAAUCGCUGGGUUACCCUCCAGCAGUAUUUCACCUGUGCCCGUUUAUACACCUGGGUGAAGAGAGACCAAGUGGAGUAAAGUUCCUUGUCUAAGGAAACAAUGCAGUGGGUGACUUUAAACCACAGACCUUGAGGUGUUAACCGCUCAACCACACACAUCAAGAUGGCUCAAAUGGACUUUUCAGAGUUAGAGCCUUAACUAUUGUCAUUAGCAAAGAUGCUGGAAAACAGUCUCCUUUAAUAGCUGUACUAUUACCUAGGAAUUUGUUGUGACUGAUGUUAUUUUGACACAAGAGUUUUCAUCACAAUGUGUAAGUGGCUUGUAAGUGUGCCUAAGUGUAGUUUUUGCCAAAGCAGUUGCGGAUUGUUGCAAUGAAACCUUUUUUGAUGUAUAAAUGGUAGGUUCUGUAUCUUUACUUACAUUACUAAGAUCUUUUUGUGAGAGUUGCGAGGGCUACGUUUUGUAACAAGAACAGUAGUUUUCACAGAGUUUUUAAAAGCUGCUGACUAUGCAAGAUGCUUGUUACUUUUCAUGUUCAUAUCAGGUAUUUUUUUGAUCUGUAAAACAUGUACUACAUCAGUCUUCUAGGUAACACUAAGCAAACUUUUUCCUUGGUUUCUCACUGGAUGUGUGUCAAUAAUUUUUUCCCAAAAAUUGCCGCUUCAAUGAUUCUUGCACUACGCGAUUCUAGUAGCGUGAUGAUAAUCACGUAGUGUGCGACAAGAUUCUCAUUGCGCAGGAAACGAGACAUGACUGGUAACUUACUUUUGAGCGGUACUGUAUGUCAUGUGCUGUACAAAUCUUUCUUUGCA